AUGGCUUCUCCUGACUAUCACGCACAAGGGUUCAAGGACAUCAUCGUUACUCUCGACGGAGCAAUUCUGACAAUCGUUCUCAAUCGUGCAAAGCAUCGAAAUACAUUUACAGAGAACAUUGUCGAUGAAACGACCACAGUCUUUGACUUGGCCGAUAGAGACGACCGCGUUCGCGUAGUCAUUCUCACAGCGGAGCAUACCGCCCCCGCAUACUGCGCCGGGGCUGACAUUUCCGGCGGCUGGAAAGUCCUCUGGCGUCCAGAGGCCGAGAAGGAGGGUGAACAUGCACAUCGAGAUGGGGGAGGGAAAGUCUCUCUUGCCAUCAUGAGGUGCCGCAAGAUCACCAUUGCAGCAAUCAAUGGCCAUGCCGCUGGAGUUGGGAUGACAGCAUUUCACCUUCCCUUUGACUUCCGCUUCGUCUGGGCUGGUGCAAAGCUCACAUUCCCUUUUGUUCGACGUGGGAUUGUUCCAGAGGCCACUUCAACUUACCUCCUCCCCCGUCUCAUAGGACACUCCCGUGCCAACUCCCUCCUCCUCACAGGAGCAACCGUAACCCCCGAGUCUCCGUACAUCAAGGAUCUAUACCACCAGAUCCUGCCCACCCGUGAGGAAGUGUAUCCCGCCGCCAAAGCCUUCGCGGAGGAGCUGGCAGCUAAUACUUCUAUGGUGUCGAUCGCUUACACUAAAGGGCUGUUGCAGCACUCUGGAAGCUCGAUUGAGGAAAAUCAUUUGCUUGAUUCAAGGGGUAUCAAGUUGGGUGCGAUGUCGAAUGAUGGGAAGGAAGGGGUGCUGGCGUUCAAGGAGAGGAGACUGCCAAAGUUUAAGGAUAAGUUGUCGGAGAAUGUUUCGCCUUGGUAUCCUUGGUGGAGGACAAUUGAUGUCAAGCAUCGUCAAUCCAAGCUCUGA